GCGUUCUGUAGCUUGUUUCUUUGAAAGAGGAAACGCGCCGCACUCCUCACUGGCAUCAUCUCUGAGGGGACAGAGCUCAGCAAAUAUUUUGUUUAUUUGCGCUACAAUUAGCUAACUUAAUAACCUAGGCAGCCGGACGUUUUUCUUUAACCUCUUAAUUUAGCUAUUUUACCACUAAUACGCCCAACAACCGUUAGAAACGCCAACCUUGCUUCGAAGACUACACCUGUCCCAGCAUCAUCCGAGUGAGAUUCCGCAAAGCUACUGAGUGGACAAAACAUUCUCCAGUUCAAGACAUAUUUGGAAACAAGAUGGCAGAAUCCCGCGAAUAUCUGACCCGCUAGAACGUCCUGGUCUGGUCAAGUCCUUUUCGCCAUCAUCUGCUCUGACUCUUCUAAAGAGCAGCAGAAUGGAUGAGCAGAGUUGCACUCUUCCACCUCCUCUCAAAACAGAGGAAGACUACAUUCCUUAUCCCAGCGUCCAUGAGGUUUUGGGGCGAACAGGCACUUUACCACUCAUUCUGCUGCCCCAGUUUGGGGGUUACUGGAUUGAAGGGACCAAUCAUGAUUUAGGCUCCUCCUCCACACCAGAGGAACCGCCCCCUUGCCCCGCAUCACAGGUUAAACUGGAGACGAACAGCAUCGCCAAUAUCUAUAGGAAACACUUCCUGGGCAAGGAGCACUUUAAUUAUUACUCAGUGGACAGCGCUCUGGGCCACCUGGUCUUCUCGGUGAAGUAUGAUGUGAUUGGAGACCAGGAGCACCUUCGACUGAUGCUUAGGUCAAAGUUUAAAACCUGCCAUGAUGUGAUACCAAUUUCUUGUCUGACCGAGUUCCCUAAUGUUGUCCAGAUGGCGAAGCUUGUCUGUGAAGAGGUGAAUGUGGAUAGAUUUUAUCCUGUCUUAUACCCAAAGGCAUCCAGGCUUAUUGUGACCUUUGAUGAGCACGUCAUCAGCAACAACUUCAAGUUUGGAGUCAUCUACCAGAAAUUUGCACAGACAUCAGAAGAGGAACUAUUCGGAAACAAUGAGGAAAGUCCAGCUUUUGUUGAGUUUCUGGAGUUCUUGGGAGAGACGAUUGAACUUCAUGAUUUUAAAGGCUUUCGUGGAGGCCUGGAUGUGGCACAUGGACAGACAGGAAGUGAGUCAGUCUAUAACAACUUCCACAAUAAAGAGAUAAUGUUCCACGUGUCCACAAAGCUCCCAUACACUGAAGGUGAUAGCCAGCAGCUGCAGAGGAAGAGGCAUAUAGGAAAUGACAUCGUGGCCAUUGUGUUCCAAGAAGAAAAUACACCAUUUGUACCCGAUAUGAUUGCAUCAAAUUUCCUUCACGCUUACAUAGUGGUGCAAGUGGAGAACGCCUGCACUGAUAACGUCCUUUAUAAGGUAUCUGUGACGGCAAGAGAUGAUGUGCCUUUCUUUGGCCCUGCCCUCCCAGACCCAGCGGUCUUUAAAAAGAGUCCAGAGUUUCAUGAGUUCCUCUUGAUCAAACUGAUCAAUGCUGAAUAUUCCUGCUGUAAAGCAGAGAAGUUUGCAAAGCUGGAGGAGAGGACACGUUCUGCUCUGCUGGAGACUUUAUAUGAGGAGCUGCAUGUGAACAGCCAGUCCAUGAUAGGACUCGGAGGAGAUGAUGACAAACUGGAGAAUGGAGGAGGAGGCGGCAGUGGCUUCUUUGAGUCUUUUAAGCGAGUAAUCCGCAAUAGAAGUCAGUCUAUGGAUGCCAUGGGCCUCAGCAACAAAAAACCACACACCGUCUCCACAAGCCACAGCGGAAGCUUUACCCACAACCCACCAGAUGCCCCCAAAACACCCGGCAUUUCCUUGAUUAUUCCUGGAAAAAGCCCAACCCGUAAGAAAUCUGGUCCAUUCAGUUCCAGGAGGAGCAGUGCCAUUGGGAUUGAGAACAUACAAGAGGUUCAGGAGAGAAGCAGUCGCGAGGUGUCCCCUAGUCCACAGAGGACAUCUGAUGGUGGACACACAACUCAGGACCUCAGAUUAGACAACUCAUCCAGUCAGAGCUCCCCUGAGAUGCAGAUCACCAGGAUUGGUUCGGCCCUGUGCUGUCGAGCUCCCUCCAUCCCAGAGUCUCAGGAUCUGUCUCGCUCCUCGUCCAAUGCCAGUAGCUUCACAAGCGUGGUGGAAGAGAACGAGCAGGAACAUGAAGUGACGGAGGACUACGACACCGGACUGGAGAGUGUGUCUUCAGCCGGUACGCCUCACAAACGAGAUUCGUUCACAUACAGCGGUGUAUGGUUGGAAGACGGCUCUGGUACUGCUUGUCAGAGCAGCUCACCGGGUCCCUUUCGACAGCAAUCUGAACCUCGUCCAAAAACAGAGAGACAACACUCGAACUGCUAGCUGUCCAGUAGGCUGUAGAUGACUUCAUGGAUGUCCAUCAACAGCAUUUUCAUAAGCUGCCCUCUGCAGCGGACACUCCUGUUCCUGUAGAGACACAGAUGUGAAUGGGAUCGAACUGCUAGUUCCAGCCCUGCGGCGCACAGUCGGGCAAGUGUGCAUCAGAAGGACUCAAGCCCUUUAUCUUCUAUCAUGUGGCUGUUGGUCUGUAGACAAAAUAGCAAACCUGCCUGGCUUGUGCUGAAGGCUGGUACACGUCUAGAAGAACAGAAAAGAGCUGCCAGCUGGCAAUGAAUUACACAUGAUUAUGGCCUUAUCAUAGGCUGCUUUCUUUCUU